UAAAUAAUUACGAAUCCGGAGACUUGAAUCGCUGAAGUAUAUUUUUUACGCUUGCAAUACUAAAUCUUUCAUUGUUUCCGUCCGGAAAAAAAGGAAGGAAUGAUUACUUUGAUCAAUCCAAAUUACGCAAAUUCAGGUUUCGUAUGGUAGUCAUCGCACUGAAAGUUGAAAUGUAAUAAGUUAGAACGGAACGUAACGUUUUCGUUUUGAUGGUACUUUUGUAUUCCUGAAAUUUAUUAAAACAUGGUUUGCGACGGACCCGACCCUCCAGACAAUACUCCUCACGAGUUAAACUCACCACCACGCCAUGACUUGCUGAUGCAGGGUGCUCAGGCUGAAGAUAGUGAUGAAGAACAAAACGAAGUGUUUGAUUACCAGCCAUUGCCUCAGGGGCCUGAAGCUACUCACUCUGAUCAUGAACUUAGUGAUAACGAUUCAGAGGACAACGACAAUAGUCAACCUCAGAACCGUGACAUGCCAACAAUAGAACCAAUGGAAAGAGUUUUAACUAGAGAGGUGUGGAAUUCCCCAAGGCCUAUAGACCCCAUUCAGAUGGACAGUGAAAGAGCACAACAGGUAAUGUCUGCAAUGGCCAAUUUUGCAUUACCACAGACAUCAAUACCAGAUUGGGCUCAAAGCAUAUCUGAGGCCCAGUGGAAGCAAACACUCAAGGAUAGAAUAGAAAAGAUAAAGGAAAAUAGAUGAACUAGCAUUUGUAUAGGUAGGUUUAAGACUAAUAUUUUAAUUAUUUUGCAUUCCUAUUAUUAAAAAUGAUACCUACAUUA